UUCAAGUUUGUUAUGUCACAGCCCCAGCUGACAUUUUGUGCGCACCGUUCGUACUUCGUACCGAUCAAUACCGUAUUAUCAAUAUUACUGUGUGGGUGUUUACAUGCGCGUAGUACUCUAAUCGCGGUCAAAUGUGUUUGACGCGAGCGAUAACACCGAGUCGUCGUAAAGGAUUUAUGAGUGAAAUGUAAAUCAAAAUGCCCCUGCCGGAUCUCAUAAAACGUGCAUCGAGUUACUUCCUUGGUCUCGAAUUUGAUGAUAACGAACCGCUGCCGGACUACGUUGAUAAUGAAAUUUUGUUUUGUAAGAAUAACGUGUGCGUCCAUCCACCGACUGUCGCGAGGCAUGAAUUGGACGUGGUACAUCAUCCUGGCUAUUUAACUAUAACUACCAAGGUUUUUACAGAUCAGCACAAUAAUUCUAAGCGACCAACGCUUUUCCUUAACUGGAUCCCUAAUUCUACAUUGAGGAAAUGUCCAUCUGCUAUAGAGACAAGUCCGAGCGACGAAUUAGGUUGUGGUAUUAAACCAACUAAUCCUCAAGAUAUACCGAUUCAAAAAUCGGUACAAGGUAAAAAUAGAAAAUAUAAUAACAAUGUUUUUUGUGACUCUUUUGAGACAACCAGCCUUAAUUCGAAUUCCGAUAAACAAAGUAUUAAAUCCAGUGACACGAGAUAUACUCAAAACGAGACGCAGGAAGAUUUAUCAUCCAGCUCUAAGCAUACCAUAAAAUCUAUGGAUUCCAGCAAGGACGAUGUAUUCGUUUCUUUAUAUAAGGACGAAUCCAAGGAUUCUAUAUGUGAAAGUGAGAAACACAUCCGUUCUCAGUCUAUGACAUCAGUAAAUAUAACAAUCGCGAAUCCCAACGUGGAAAAUAUCGAUUUGACGCCAGAUUCCGUUUCCGGGAGCUUUAUGAGAUCCUUGUCUAUGAGUUCCUGUGACGAAGGGAAUCCCAACUGGAUGAGCACCCCCGAAUUCUUAGCUCUAAAACAUAACUUGGCAUUCCCAGAUAGUAUUCACAGUUCCCCCGUACCGCAACGACGACAACCUUUGAAAUGUCGAAGGUUUUCCGUAGAUCUGAGUCAGAUGCGUUCGUUGCGUUUGUUCUUUAACGACGACAACUACACCUGCGGACAGCUGGUGGUUGCGUCUCGGGAGUCCCAGUAUAAGAUACUCCACUUCCACCACGGCGGGUUGGAUCAUCUGGCUCAAGUGCUGCAUCGAUGGCAUACACUGCUGCACAAUAUUAAAUUAACUCCAGGAUCUGAAGAUCCUGAGACGCCGUUACGUCAUUUCAUGGUUUGUCGACCAGAAGUGCAGAAGUUCGAACAGCAUCCCGAAGAAGACAAGGUCCCUAAAAUAACACCUGAACUGUUCUAUGGGAAGAUAAUGAACGACAAGGGCAUCAUAGAGGAUGAUUUGUUCUUACGGAAAUGUGUUUUCUUUGGAGGCCUCGAUAAAGAGUUGAGGAGGGAGGUGUGGCGUUUCCUGCUGCACUGCUAUCCGUAUAACUCAACUUUCGAGGAAAGAGAUAUGAUACUACAAAUAAGAACUAGAGAGUACCACGAGAUCACGAGGAGGCGCCUGGAGAAGAUGACGCCGGAACAGCACGCGGUGUUUUGGAAGACGGUGCAGAGUGUCAUAGAGAAGGACGUUGUCAGAACCGACAGAGGGAACCCGUUCUUUGCUGGUGAAAAUAACUAUAACAUAGAAAUUAUGAAGAACAUCUUACUCAACUACGCCGUGUACAACCCGGCGCUGGGAUAUUCUCAAGGCAUGAGCGAUCUGUUGGCGCCUGUUUUGUGUGAGAUCAAAUGUGAAUCUGAGGCGUUCUGGUGCUUCGUGGGUCUGAUGCAGCGAGCGAUCUUCGUGUGUACACCCACAGACAAUGAUAUGGACAAUAACUUGAGCUAUCUUCGGGAGCUGAUACGGAUAAUGUUGCCACACUUUUACAAACACCUCGAGAAACACGUGGACGCUAUGGAAUUACUAUUCUGUCACCGAUGGAUUUUACUGUGCUUCAAGCGUGAGUUUACUGAGGCGGUUGCCCUGCGCAUGUGGGAGGCCUGCUGGUCCAACUAUCAGACCGACUACUUCCACUUGUUCCUCUGUCUCGCCAUACUAGCGGUGUACGCGGAUGACGUCAUCGCUCAGGACCUCAACACAGACGAGAUGCUGUUACACUUCAGCUCACUGGCGAUGUACAUGAACGGUCGUGACAUUCUCCGCAAGGCCCGUGGUCUCCUCCAUCAGUUCCGCCAACUAGUCCGCAUACCCUGCACUCUGGCUGGUAUGUGCCAGCGCUGCGGCCCCGGGAUAUGGGACUCCACACACCGCCCCAGCAUCGAAUGCACCGGCGCGCACGACCUUUGCCAAUACGUAGUGCAGUGAAUAAAAAAAUUAGCUAUAAUAUGAUAGCAUUCGAAAUUUAAAUUUGAAUGCGUUCAAGCUUCAAAUUUUGUUAAACAGGUUUUUAUAACAUUCCAAAUUUGAAAAGGGUUAAAAAUGAUAAUAUGUUUUAAUUUAUUUCAACGCGGACUUUUAUCGAGUCAUUUAGUUCAGGUUUAUAAAAAAAAUAUUCAUACAUUCAACUAACGUAUUUGUACAUACGUUAUUUUCGGAUACUUACGGCUUUUACUUCAAGCAUUAUAUGAAAAAGUAUUACUGAGCAAUUGAUGAUAAAAACUAUUAGUAACCAUUACAUUUUCGUUGUGUUAUAUAAUUUAUUAAAUAUAAAAUAUACCCAACUGUUAAAUAUUUUAUGGGUAUAUUAUUGUUAAAUUAAUCUAUCAUAUAAGGAAGAAAAUUUCAUAGGUUGAUUAUCAUUCAAUAUUAUCAGAGAAAAGCAUUUGUUACAAAUUUAAAAAACAAGUAAACUCUGAGAGCUAAGAUAUUUAAUAGGUGGUUAUUAUAAACUAGUCAAAUUAUUCGAUUAUAAUACGCUACAAAAUAUAAUUUAAGUUUUAAACAAAACUAGUAUUGUUAUUGACAUAGGUGUUGGAUGUAUUGAAUUUCUUGUAUCAAAACGGUCGUAGGUAAAUAAAAUAUUUAAAAAUAUUACCUAUUAUUCACUGAUAUCUGUAUCCCAAAAGUCAUUUAUAAAAUGUUGCCAUAUACACGUCACGUCGCGUCACGUCACGCCAUAUACAUAUGUAAUUAAAAAUGGCCAGUAUGUGUUUGAUAUAGUUUUUCUGUUUGUUGUAUAAAAAAUAAUUGAAAUUAUUUCUAAAAAUGUUGAACUGAUAUUUUUUUGGUUAUUGUAAAUUUAACAUAUCAGGAAAGUUAUCCGAUGUGUUCAAAACAUAUUAAAAUAUAUAUUUGUCAAAAUGCGAAACAUUGUACCUGCCUAAUUAUUCAUGUAACAUAGUUUAAGUACCUGGGCGGCUUAAGACCCAUCGUGGUAGAAAAUAUAUUAAAUGGAAUGUUAUCCAGAAUUAUUUUAUCUAAUUAUAAUAAGUCGACCGGCUACUGGAGUAUCCUCUUUUAAUUCAAUUUAGGCCUUGCAUGUAUCAAACAUCCAUUAAUGCGGAUAAAUGUUAAAUAUUAAUAAUUGACAUAACUUUGUUAAUGUUAUAGAAGGUGUUAGAUAAAACAAAUUUAAAUAUGUUCUGUUAUUGGAAAAAGGAUCAGUUGCAUUUAAACCUAUCUGUAUUUAUUGUAUAGUUUUAAGAUUGAGCUUAUUUUAUAUUCAUUUGCGUUAGACCCUUUGUAUAAAAUUAUAAGGCCAAAGCGAUGGUACAUAUUUUUGUGGCACCGUGUGAAUUGUUAUAUUCUGUGAUAUAUAUUGAUCUGCUUGAAAAUAAAAUAACAGCGAUAUUGAUAUACCAUCAUAGUCGUAUUUAUAGAUAUAUGGAAAUGUAAUUAAAUCGAAUCUGCAGA